AUGGAAAACCUUAUCAAUGAAGAUCCACAGAAGUUUUUCGAAUUCGUGAAUGGUUCCAAAAAGACGAAUGUUGAUCUUCCGAAUGAAAUGGUUCUUGGAGAUAAGAAAAGUAGUAACCGAGGUGUGAUAGCACAAUUUUUCGCAACACAUUUUGCCAAAGCGUACACUGAACCGGAUUAUACCAAAAAUGAGAAUUAUUCUGAAGAUGAACCAUUGCUAAAGGAUCUGUGUGCUAAUUUACCAACUAUCAACAUUACUGAGGAGUUGGUUAUGGAUACGAUAAAUAACCUUCCAAACAACAUGGUAUCUGGACCUGAUGGAAUACCAAAUAUUUUUGUCAAAGAAUGUACUACAGCACUGUUGAAACCAAUAACACACAUGCUGAAGAAAUCAUUAGACACUGGAUUUGUGCCUGAAAUUUGGAACAGUUCAUUCGUUAGACCGGUGCAAAAAACCGGUGUUAAAGCUAAAGUUGAAAACUAUCGUGGUGUAGCCCUGCAAUGU